AUGUCGUACUCGGUAAAAGGUCACUUCGCUAUCGUCACCGGCGGUGGCUCUGAUCUACGUCUCCGACCUGAAGCCGCAACUACUAUCCGCGAGUAUCCUCACCCCACCCCUGAUCCCAGCAAGCCAAGUGCCGUCUUUUGCGAAACGGACAUCUCAGACUGGAGCCAAAUUUUAGUAUUAUGGAAGACGACACUCGAAAGGUUCGGACGAAUCGACAUCGUCGUCAAUAGUGCAGGGGUCUAUGAGCCGCCAUCAAGCUCCUUUUGGCAUCCUCCCGGCAUUUCGCCUCUUGCUAAAGAUGUAGAAGAUGCUCAAGUCGGCCAAUACCAGACGUUUGCCAUCAACACCAUUGGUCCGAUUAGGUUGUCGCAAAUCGCCAUAGACUAUUGGCAGCAGAACCCAGAUGUACAAGGAAAUAUGCUGUUUAUUGCUAGUAUGGGUGGUUACUUGCAUUCUAUGCAAACCCCACUGUACUUUGCCAGUAAAGCUGCUCUUGUCAGUAUGGUAAAGUCUCUGAGUGGUUUGAAGAGAGUACUCGGUAUUCGCAACGCAGCAAUUUGUCCCGCGGCCGUUUUUACACCCAUAUUUGAACAAGACUACUGUCGCGAUCGUCUUGGCCCCGAUAGUGUAGCAUUAGAGCCAGAACAUGUUGCCGAACUCGCCCUACAAGUGCUCCAGGAGCCGCAAUAUGGUGACGGCAAUAUAAUGGAGAUUAUGAUGAUUGGAAGCAAGGAAGAACCAUCGGUAAAUGUACGCGAGGUGCAAUUAGAGGCCCUAUAUCCCACCAUGGGGUCAUCGGUGAUGGGAGAGCGAGCUAUAGCUGAGGAGCUAAAGUUUUUUGACCGAGUCAAGGAGAAGGGUAUGAGGAGCUAG